UUUAAUUCUUCAAAGAAAACAAAAACUAAUAAGGUUAUUUAUGAUCCUGUUAACGAUUACAUAGAGCGCAUUCCUUCAAAAUUGACAGACAAUUCUUUACCAAGCAUUGACGAAAUAUUGGUAAAAGUUAUAAUUUUAUUAAUGAUUGUUACAAAACAAUUUCCGAAGCCAUCUCUAUUUCGAAACAAUAGUUCUAGUAGAAAAACAACUCUUUCACACUCAAAUAAUGUUGAAAAUGAGGGGCUCAUCGAUAUUAAAAAAAAAAAACAUCAAAAACCGUUGAUGAAAGACACGAAGUAA